UAAUUAUAUAAUAAAUAAAUAUAUGACAUUAUAUUGUGCUUUUAGAAGACAAUGCCCUCCUGUGGUAUCUUUCCUUAUGAGCUUUUUAUGUUCCUUAUCUGCCCUUUACUCUAGUGGUGAGUAUGAGAAAUGUCUCCCGCCUACCAGAGCGCACACACACACACACACACACACACACACACACACACACACACACACACACACAGCCCUUCUAUGUUUGUCAGACUCAAUCCGAGGGAGAGGAGCGAGCCGCCAUUUUCUAAGCUGUCUCUCCCUAAAACGAGAGAAAACGGCUCGCCACUAACUGCCGUCUGGACUACCUUUCCGCGCAGCGACAACCGGGAUUUUUCGGUGAAGGAUUGCGGCGAAAUCCACCUACAUUUUGUUGUAAUUUGGAGUACAUCCACGGCCCUUUUUUUCUUGUCUUUUAUAUAUAUAUUUAUAUAUAUAUAUAUAUAUGUAUUCGCUGGUAGCGGCGAGGCGAAGCUAACCGCCGAGCAAGGUGUAGAUCGCUGAUUCCGGAACGAAAACGAGGCCCCUCUUUUUUCCGGCAAUCUUGGGGGUUUUAUUUUUCUUUCUCAUGGGAUUAAUUUAAUGGCAGACUGAUCGAGACCAGGUUUUUUUUUUUUUUUUGGGUUGCGUCGUGUGUGUGUGUGUGCGUGUGCGUGUUAUCCACCGUUGUGUGUGUGUGUGUGUGUUUUUUCCAACCUAAAAACUGCAGGGGGAUUGUUGCCGAAAUUCCCUCGGAUAGUGCAACCUCGUCACGUGGCUGUCCUCAGGUGGGGCAGUAAGCGGGUGGUGUGGAGCAGGCCGCGGUGCCCGUCCCUCUGCACUGCAUGGCUGCGAUGGCGCCCGCUCUCACCGACGCCCCAGCCGAAGCUCACCACAUCCGCUUCAAACUGGCUGCCCCAUCCUCAAGUCUCUCACCGGCCAGUGCAGAGAACAACGGUAACGCCAGCAACAUCCUUAUCCAUAGCAGCGGCCCCGCCAAGUGCAAGGCCACCUCCGAAGAGUGCCCCCUUGACUUUUGUGGCGGCGACCAGGAACAGCAGCAGCAGCAGCCCCAAGCCGACUCUGUGGCUCAGGCCUCGGCCCUGGGCAAGCUCCAGCCGCUGGUGGCUUCUUACCUAUGCUCUGAUGUGACACCUGUCCCUUCAACUAAGGAGUCAAUCAAACUGCAAGGAGUCCUCAUCAAACAGUCUGUGUUGAAAGGCCACAGAAUACUGCCCAGCUCCCUGCUCAACGGCGGCGGGGACUUCCUGUUGAGGAAGAGGCAGGCGAUAGAACUGUCUGGCGGCCAUCUCAAAAGCCUCAUGAGUGGCAGCACCAACGGAGGUGGCCAGCCCAUGGCGCCCGUCAACGGCCUGGCCAAGAAGCUGGCCACUAUGUCCGGCCCUGGCUGUGUGGUGGCGGUGAACGGUGACAAGCCUUCUGCCACCACAGACUCUCAGUCCCAGAACCUGCCCCUGGACUCGGAGACCUUGACGGCCACCUUAUCGGGGCACAUCCCGGUGAAAGGAACCCUUAAACAGAAGCAUUCCUCUGGGGUUUCUCAAAAUACAGAUGGAAAAAACCUUGAACUACCAGUGCUUCAGUCUGUUGAACUUUCCCCCUUUCCCCACGGCAACCCGAACCCCACUGAACGAGCAAAUUUGGAGGAGACUGAUUCACACACGCCUACCAGUCAGCCACAGGGUUCGGAUAGGGAGAGACCAGGUAGCAGCCAGCAGGGCUCCCCGUCUUGCACGCCUGCACCGCAGCCUCCUCUGCCCUGUAGCUCUUCCUCAGACAGCCUUGAUAGUCACGUUAGAGAGCGCACUCUCCUCAACAGCAGCCGCCAAGCUGAGAUCGAAAGCCGACUACGGCGCCUGCGCAAACGUCUUCAGGUCGUACAGGCCAAGCAGGUGGAGCGGCACAUUCAGCAGCAGCUAGGCGGCUUCUUGGACUCGGCUCUCAACCGGCUACUCGCCGGUAACCGCAAAUCAGAGACGGCGACCCCGACGGCUACGUGGAGGACCGGACGCCACUCUUCCUCAAACAACAGAGACAGCCUCAGCCGCUUCCUGAAAGGCGGCGCCAUGCCCUUGGAACUGGAGAGGCUGUAUCUGAGCGGAUCGGCCAACCUUCAUUCAGUAGAAAGCGCCUUUGACUCAGAUGUAACAGAAAGUAGCUCUGGAGGGGACUCCGACCUGGAGGAGGAGGAGCUAGCCAGAGUUGACAUUGAGCAGCGACAUGUGAAAAUAUGGAAGCGGGCAGAGAGCCGCUACACCGUGGAGAGAGCUGCUAUCAUCAGCCACUGGAACUGGCUCCAGGCCCACAUCUCGGACUUGGAGUACCGCAUCCGACAGCAGACAGACAUCUACAGACAGAUCCGCGCCAGCAAGGGCUCAGUAGAGUUGGGAGGUGUUGCCCCCAGCGCAGUGUCUGCAGGUGGGACAGAAGUGAAGACAGAGCCUGUAAACACUCAGGAUGUUGGUUCAGAACGGCUGGAGCACACAGGCGCCGCCCACAUCACCAGCGCAGAGGCCGGCCCUUGGAAAGGUCAAAACGCACAACCGGUUAACGGCGUCCUCAGCAGGAUGGCGGAGAGUGCGGACGCCAAGCACCAGCAGCCGUCGGCCCACGACAGCACAUGUGUGGCUGCGCGUACGCGACCACUAGUCAGCUGUCGGCGACGGCGGCUAAUUCAGCCCAACACGGUGCCCAACCUGAACGGCAAGGCCCAGAGAAGCAGCUGUAUCCAGUGUAACUGCAGGGUUAACCCCAGCUGUGUGAUGUGUGGUGGCUGGCCCACCCCCAGAGAGGACCCUCAGUAUGAGCUGCCCACCCUGGAGCGCCUGUCAAGACUGGAUCUUGGCGUCCACCCCAUCCUCUCCUUCCCUGACGACGUUUGUAUAGGCCUACGUCUGCAGCAGGUGAUGAAGAGCCAGUGGCAGACCAAGUCACUGGAGAGGAGCAAACCACUGAAGAAACUCUCCCUCAAACACAAGCUUUCCUCGUCCAAAGAGAAGCACAAGUUCACCAACUCACUUAUGGCAGUCAGCGUUGCAGGACUGGGCCACUAUAAGAACCGUGCUGAGAAGCCGAGGACGGUGGACAGCAGCGUGGGCGGCGCCGGUGGAGGUGGCGGCGGCGGCAGCAGCAGCAGCAGUGCUGUUCUGAACACAGCCAGGCUCGAGGGCCAGGCUGUGUGCAAGACUGAGCGGCUGCAGGCUCUCUCCACCCCGUUAGGGCCCUUCGACAAGAACUACAGCCGCAAGAGGUUAAGAGAGCACUCGCUGGACAGGACUGACUCCUCCCCCAAACUUUUCCUGGAGUCGAGCAGCCCCUGCCCAACUCUGGCCAACAUGCACUCGUCCCUUCACAGCCCCCUCACACGCCAGCUGUCCACGUCUUCAGAGAACUCCACGCCGCUGGGCGCCGGCAGCCAGAGCAUCCCGAGCACACCUCAGCAGCCUAUCAAGAGGAGGCGGGGUGAAAGCUCCUUCGACAUCAACAACAUAGUGAUCCCCAUGUCUGUGGCGGCCACCACCAGGGUGGAGAAGCUGCAGUACAAAGAGAUUCUCACGCCCAGUUGGCGAUCCGUGGACAUCUUCUCUCAGCCGAUAACUGAAGAGGAGAACGAGCGGGAGGUGGAGGAUCUGACCGACGCAGCCUUCACUCAACACCAUCAGCCCUACGAGGACCAGGAGCGUUCCCGCUGGACUUGGAUGGCUCUGGCUCCUGCUAAGAGGAGGGGCAGCAGGUCGUACAAAUCUGUGGAUGGGCGGACCACGCCGUUGCUGUGUGGGACCAACCCUCCCACCCCUCAGCCUGCGUCCCCAGACCCGGGCCACUGCCCCAUGCUCCACGACUACAGCCACGUGCCGUCACCCAUGAGUCCAGCCAGCCCCGACACCACUUCCAACCCCCACACACCCUGCUCCAGGGACUCCCAUCGGCUGCUGUCCAGCGAAGACACACGGUGCUCCACGCCGGACUUCACCUUUGAAGAGCGGACGGUAGCGCCGUGGGAACGUCGCAGCUUCCCGUUGCCAGAGGACCCGGCCCCGGAGCCCGAGGCGGAGAGCGACCACCACAUCAGGCCCAGAAUGCGCAGCAUCUCAGGUUGCCGAGCGACAGCCUACGGACGUCUGGAUUCGGACGACGCGGAGCCGCCUUGCGAGGACGACGGCGGCCCCAAACACAAGGCCUCCACCCACCGAUGAAUGACUGACAGGCUGAGGUCCUCUCCCUCCUCCUCCCUCCCUGCCUCCCCCCCCACCCACAACCCACAGCUCCUCUCUGGCAUUAACAAGCAGAACCUCAAAGAGCAAAGAUAUGAUAUGAAAUGGGUUCCUGUUGUUUGAUAUUCAAACAUCAGUCUAAUACUUUUCACAGUUUUUAGUGAACAUUAUGGAGAUAGAAGCCUUUCCCUACACUUUGUUUUUGUCACAGGAUUAAAAAAAAAAAAAGGAUAAAUGUAAAAAAACAAAAAAAGUAUAAAACAAACACGUUACAAAAAAUGUUUUCUGUAGUAGGCUAAACAAUGUACAUGGGGGGGGGGCUUAGUGGUGUUUCAUAUGUCGCGUGUACACUUGUAGCGCACUAUGUAGCGGACUCCUCAAACAUAUGGCCAAAGGGUGUUUUCUAUUGACUAGUUUGCUUGUAAUUCCCAUGUACAUUUUUAGUGGAGUGACAAAUAACAAAACAAGAAAAAAUACCCCCCUCCUCCUCCUCCUCCUGCCCUGCCCUUCCUCAUCCUCCUCAUCCAAAUAAACAGGUACAUUUGAGAUGUGGUUCCCUCCGUCUCCCUCUAGAGGUCGCCUGAAAUCACCAGAGCACUUCUCCAACUGCCAAGUCUCGUUUUGUUGGUUUGUUUUCUCGCUUUUUGUUUUUGUUUUUCAUUCCUGAAACAUGUUUUUAUUUGUAUCUGUCUGUUCCAGCGUAAACACACUAUGUGUUCUUCUUUUUGUUGUUUUCGACUAGUAAAAAAAAAUCAUUCCUUUUUACAGCCUCUCUCUCUCUCCCGCCCCCCCCCCCCCCCCGCAGUCUCUUAAUUAACUCUCUCGGUUCUGUUUUUUUGUUUGUUUUUGUUAUUUUUUUAAAAAGAGGGUGAUGGCGUAGAGGACUGUGGGGUGGGGGGGGGUGUCUUAUCGAGCACUUGCCCUACAAGAAUAAAAGCGCUGCUGCAUGCUGAAACAAACAUGCUCAUGUUAGUCUUAUCACAACGGCAUACAGGACGAGUUCCACUUGUUUAAAAGAAGUCAAAUCGCAGGUUGACCCGGGACGAUCGUACCGUCUGCUGGAUUACAAAAGUCUAAAUAAAAUCACAAUUACCCCCCCCACACACACACACACACACACACACACGCACACACACCCUACCGCCCCCCCCCUUCCUCUCUCUUCUGGUUCAGCUUGUUUUUUCUCUUGCAAACGUUUCCAAUGUAGCAGCUAGAAGCCGCCCGAGCUCAGGUUUAUUCAAUUUAAGGGAAUAUUUUCUGCUGUUUAAUAAGUUUCACUCUCUGAUUGAUCACAUCUAGACUCUGUUGCAAGAUCCCCCCUUCCUCCUCCCACCCUUACCCCCUCUCCCUCCCUCCCCCCCCCCCACACACACUGUCAUAACCACACUUUUUGAACCCCCCCCUUAAGUAACUAAUUGCUAUGCAAAAAAAAUCUAUGGUUGUUCUUUUCAUUUUACACCUCUUUUUAUGCCACAGCCAUUCAAUCACUGUUAUUAUUUUUAUUUUCUUUUGUAGUUAAGCAAGAUGUCAAUGUACCUGUUCGAUUGUUGCAGCAGUUAACCUAAUCAAAAAGCAGAAUUGUUUUUUCUUUUUUGUAAAUAGUACCAUUAAAACAUUUAUGUUUAACUUGG